AUGACACAGUUCCUGGCGGAGCACCACGGCGCGGUGGCGGAGGAGGUGAAGGCCCACUACGUGGGCACCAUGAGUGCGGUGUACCUGAAGCAGUUCCGCACCUACGUCACCUCUCUGCAGAAGUUGGAGCUGGAGUACUCACCCACCAAGUCCGACCUGCUGGUGAACGAGCAACCAUCCGCAGGCCGGCUCUGGGACAACUUGGGCCUCGGCCGGAGUGUGCAGCUGAAGGACAAGGGCAAUGUCUUCUCCCUGUCAGGCUGGGCGCUUCGUCCAUUUUUUCCGGACUUGCCACCCUCCCCCGCGCCCCAAAGCCGCCGCCGCCGGCCGAUGGCGGCGCCGUCUGCGGCGCUGGUGGUGGCCUCCUUCGCCACGGCGCUCUGCGCGGAGUUCGCCGGGGCGGCGCUGGGCUUUGGGCCGGCCAUCCUCUACGAGAUCUCGUGGCAGAUCUGUGGCCUCUGCGGCCUCAGCAGCGGCGGACUGGAGAUGGCAGUCUUCCACAUCUUGGUGCAGGAGCUGCCGUGCGGCUUGCUGCAGCUCCUGCUGCUGCGAAGCUUUUGGCGCCCGCGCUUGGCUGCGCUGCUGAACCUCCCGAUGCUGCUCGCAUUGCCCGUGGGCACCGUGCUGCUGGAGCGCUUCGGGGAGUCCCCUCUGGCCAAGCAGGUCUUGGGCGGCCUUUUUUUGGCGCUGGCAGCAGUCCAAGUGCACGCGAAAAGCCGGCAAAAGUCCAAGCCAGACCUCGAGGCGUGCAGCUGGGGCGCCUCUGCAAGCCUGGCGCUCUGCUCGGCCUCCUCGGGGCUGCUGCGGGGGGCCAUGGGCCUGGCAGGCCCUCCCUUCAUGGUGCUGCUCCUCUUCUUCUCCGUGGAGCCUUCGGUGUGGCGCUGCCUCAGCAACACCGUGCGCGUGACCAUGGUGCUCACCCAGGGCCUGCUGCUAGGCGGCAUGGACCACCAGCUAGAGCGGCAAAACUGGCCCAUCUAUGUGGCGCUGAUGAGUGGGGGCGUUCUUGGGCUUCAGGUGGGGAAUCGCAUGGCCGCGCAAGUGGACCAAAGCGCCUUCCAGCGCUGGCUCUUGCUGUUCUUGGUCGCCGGGGGCGUGCUGAUGCUGAGCUCCUCGAGCGAGUUCCUGAGCGCCUGCAGCGCAGUGGCUUUGGCUCUGGUGGUCUUGGGCGCCAUCGCCAGCGCCGCCUUCACUUGGAACACGCCGCAGGACUCCGGAGGCGCAUCGCCGCAGAGGCUGCUGCGCUGUAACGAGGAGAAGGAGGAGGGGUGCAACGCUGAUGUGCUGCGCCAGAUCAGUGCCUCGAGCAUUUCCAACGUCUGA